CUUUAUUCUCUCUCUCUCUCUUUCAACUCUCAACUUUUGUAGCUACAGCUACAGACCACAGGUAUUUUGAUCUUUAAGCAAAAUCGAGAAUCCGAAGUAAACAGAGAUAUAAAGUCACUUUCUAGCGAACCUAAGCAGUCAAAAAAUGGAUCAGCAAGGGCAUGGGCAGGGGCAGCCCCCAGUUACGGGGGUGAUGGGUAGCUCGAGUCAAAUGCCAUAUGGUGUGGCCCCAUACCAAGCAAACCAAAUGACAGGUCCCGCUGCCCCUGUGUCAGUUGGAUCUAUUCAUUCUCCUGCUCAGCUUGCACAACAACAACUUGCUUAUCAGCACAUCCACCAGCAGCAGCAACAGCUAUUGCAGCAACAACUCCAGAGUUUUUGGGCAAACCAGUGCCAAGAAAUCGAGCAGACGACCGAGUUUAAAAACCAUAGCCUCCCAUUGGCUAGGAUUAAGAAGAUUAUGAAAGCAGACGAGGAUGUAAGAAUGAUAUCAGCCGAAGCCCCAGUCGUCUUUGCACGGGCCUGUGAGAUGUUCAUUCUAGAGUUGACACUGCGGUCUUGGAAUCACACAGAGGAGAACAAAAGGAGGACACUUCAGAAGAAUGAUAUUGCAGCGGCAAUCACAAGGACCGAUAUAUUUGACUUCUUGGUUGAUAUCGUGCCAAGGGAAGAUUUGAAAGAUGAGGUACUUGCAUCAAUGCCACGAGGAACCGUUCCUGUCGGAGGCCCAAAUGAAGGUCUACCGUACUAUUAUAUGCCACCACAGCAUGCUUCACAGGCUCAGCAGAUGUGGCCACAGCAGCCUCCUCAUCCUUACACCACAGCUCAGCAGAUGUGGCCACAUCAGCAGCAACCACCUGCAGAUUCUUAAGCGGGGAGGGAGUGUUUUCACCAGGAAAUGUGGAUGACAAUAUGUUUUAGUUGGGGGGAACUGGGAAGUUGACUCAAGUAUCAAAGAACAAGAGAAGAUACCAAACUGAUAGUGAAGAAGGCAGAAAAACAAUACAUACAUGUCUGAGAAACUAUUAUUACGUUAAGAUGGUGUAGCAUACCUUGUUCUCCAUAAAAUGAGUCUUUCAUGAAUUUUAAUUCCGUGUUUUACUUUAUGCCAAAAGGAUGUUAUAAUAUUCUGACUUCUUGUAAGUUACAAAAGUGCAAUGGCAAUGUUUUUUGCUUAAUCUC